CAGGCUCAGAAUCCCAUCACGGUCUCGGAAAUCAGAGCUCUGGCGAAGGGGCGACUUGACUCAGCUACUUGGGACUACUACACUGCUGCUGCUGAUUACCAACGCUCUGCUCGUCGUAACGCACUAGCCUUCAAGUCAGUCCUUCGUAACGUCCGUGUCGUUGACACCAGCACUUCAGUGCUUGGGAGGCGGUACGACUCACCUGUCGCUAUCGCUCCAACUGCGUAUCAAAAGCUUGCCGGUGGUAAUGGAGAGAUCGAUGUCGCUCGAGCAGCUACUGCGCUGGGCACGAACUUCGUUCUCUCCACAAAUGCCACCACUUCACUGGAGGACGUCGCUGCCGCAUUAUCUGAACGAGAUGAACGAUAUUCCAAGCCUUGGUUCCAAUUAUACUUGCUUGGUUCACGAAGCCUGAGCAAGAAACUCAUACAUCGGGCGGAGACCGCGGGAUACGAAGCCCUAGUACUGACUGUGGACACGCCUGUACUUGGAAAUCGUCUGCAUGAGCGCAAAACCCCUUUGCGUCUCCCUCCAGGCCUCACGACAGCAAACGCAAGAUCCCGUCGUGUAGGUGGUGUUUCCAAAGCUGGACUACUUCUUCGAGCAGAGACUGCUUCCGAAGCAAAGCGAAUCGCGGAUGAGCAUCGCGAUUCUCUUGUGGACUCCACCAUGACCUGGGAGAACGUUGUGCCAUGGUUGCAGGCCCAAACAUCAAUGAAGAUCGUGCUGAAAGGAAUAAUGACUGCGGAGGAUGCACAGCUUGCGAUAGAGUCGGGGGUCGACGCGAUAAUUGUGUCGAACCACGGCGGACGCCAACUAGAUGGCGUUUCCUCGACCAUAGAAGCCUUGCCAGAGGUUGUCACUGCUGUCAGGGGAAGAAUACCGGUGAUACUUGAUGGAGGUAUUGAACAUGGAACGGACGUCUUCAAAGCACUAGCUCUCGGCGCUGAUCUUUGUGUGAUUGGAAGAAGCGCAUUGUGGGGUCUGGCUUGGGAUGGGCAGAAAGGAGUGGAAAAAGUACUAAACAUCCUUGAGAGGGAGCUGUCACGCACGAUGGCUCUGGUGGGAGUUUCGAGGGUGGCGGAGGUCAGUAAAGAUCUGCUUGGUCGCGUAAGGACAGAUGGGUUCGGGAUAGCGAAGCUC